AUGGACUUGUUACUAGUUCCAUAUUGUGCUGAUUGUGAUUUGGACCUCCAAUGGGCUCCUUUCCUGCUUGCCAGCAAGAUUCCAAUUGCGUUGGAUAUGGCGAAAGAUAGCAAUGGUAAGGACCGUGAGCUCAAAAAGAGAAUCAAUGCAGAUAAUUACAUGUAUUGUGCUGUUCGCGAGUGCUAUGCAUCAUUUAGAAACAUUAUCAAGCACUUAGUUGAUGGGCCACGUGAAAAAGAGGUCAUAAAUGAUAUAUUUUCUGAAGUUGAGAAACAUAUAGCCAAUGACACCCUAAUAAGUGAAUUGAAGAUGAGCGCUCUCCCCAACCUCUGUGACCAUUUUGUUAAGCUGAUUAAGUAUUUGUUGGACAAUAAACCUGAAGAAAGGGAUUGGGUCAUCAUUCUAUUCCAAGACAUGCUAGAGGUUGUGACUAGAGACAUAAUGGAGGAACAGUUUUCCAGCCUUUUGGAUUCAAGCCAUGGUGGUGGUUCUUAUGGAAGGUAUGAAGGGAUGACACCUCUUGAUUAACAAUAUCAGCUAUUUGCAUCGUCUGAAGCAAUCAAAUUUCCACUCCCUGAAUCAGAAGCCUGGAAAGAGAAGGUUAG